AUGAGCAGAUCCCCUUCGUCUUCUGGAUUAUUGCCCAUGCCGGGGACUCCAUCCUCGUCGUGGGCAGUCUACCGGGCUCGCCUCGCGUCAAUCUUACGAAAUGCCGAUACCUCUGUGAUUGCAGCCUUUUGGCUCUUUGGCCUUAUCAACAAUGUUCUCUACGUGAUAAUCCUGUCUGCUGCACAGGACCUUGUCGGAAACAUACCGAAAGGCGUCGUCCUCCUCGCCGACGUCAUGCCCUCCUUCCUCACGAAGCUCGUCGCGCCGUACUUCAUCCAUCGAAUCCCCUAUUCUGUCCGCAUCCUGAUAAUGGCCGCCCUCUCGUCGACGGGUAUGCUCAUGAUUGCCCUCACCCCGGCCAGCCAGCCCGUCGCUGUCAAGCUUAUCGGUGUCGUGCUCGCCAGUCUGAGCAGCGGGGGCGGAGAGUUGAGCUUCUUGGGCCUGACACACUACUACGGACACAUGAGUCUUGCCGCCUGGGGCAGUGGGACCGGAGGCGCGGGUCUGGCUGGCGCGGGACUGUACGUGCUACUGACCGACUGGAUCGGUUUCAGCGUCAAAGCCAGCCUGUUUGCCUCGGCGUUCCUGCCGGGGCUCAUGGUGAUAAGCUUCUUCAUGAUCUUGCCACGAGGACCUCUGAACCAGGGUGCCCGGAAAGAAUACAGGCCUGUGCCGGAACAGGAUCUUCAGGAGGAGGACAUGGAAGACAUCCCGACGGGUGCCGCAUCUUCGAGCCUGCUUGCGCCGGGUCCAUCCACCGCUUCGACGGCAUAUUCUACGCACUCCGAAGGCAGCAAGGGUUCAUUCUUCUUGAAUCUCCGACGAGCUCGAUCGCUAUUCUUCCCCUACAUGCUGCCAUUACUCCUCGUCUACAUCGCCGAAUACACCAUCAACCAGGGAGUCGCGCCGACGCUUCUCUUCCCGCUCGACUCGUCGCCCUUUUCCGAGUACCGAGCCUUCUACCCCUUCUACGGGUUCCUGUACCAGCUCGGCGUCUUCGUCUCGCGGUCGUCGACGCCCUUCAUCCGCAUCCAUCACCUCUACCUCCCGUCGCUUCUGCAGGUCGCCAACCUCGUGCUCCUCGGCCUGCACGCGAUGCUCAACUUCAUCCCGUCGGUGUACAUCGUCUUCCUCGUCAUCUUCUGGGAGGGCCUCCUCGGGGGCGCCGUCUACGUCAACACCUUCGCCGAGAUCAUGGAGAGGGUGCCGGCCGAGGACCGCGAGUUCAGCCUCGGCGCCACGUCGGUGAGCGACAGCGGCGGCAUCUGCGUGGCCGGCCUCAUAGGUAUGGUCGUCGAGGUGUGGCUCUGCGACUGGCAGGUCCGCCACGGCCGCGACUGGUGUCGGCGGAUCGAGGCGAGCUGA